AAGAAAAAAGGAAAAUAUUAGGGUUUGCAUAUAAAUGAGAUCGAGCGUAAGCAGCGGACCUUUACAAGCAACAAUGGCGUGUACUGUGGACUUUCGGUGCCUGGACGAAGGAUUCGGAGGAAAAACGUACAAACGAAAGAGAGCAGAGAAAGAACGAGGCAAUGGUAUAGAAGAUGGAGAAGCGGCGGCCAUGGAAGUAGAGGAGAUUUCAACUCGUGCAUCGAAGAGACAGGCGGUUCCAUCUGAGGAGGAUCCAAACAAACCGGUACUGGGGAGGCCGACAUACGACGGGGUGAUCGCAGGUAGAGUAUCUGGAAGGAAUUGGAAACAGCCGCGGAAACACAGAUCAUCGGCGGCGAAGGUGAGCGUGAAGGGGAAGUCAUUGGAGCAGAGGAUGAAAGAGAAGGAGAUAAAAAAGGCGUACAAGGAGAGAAUCAAUGAGCUCAAGGAAGAGAUAAGACAGAACAAGGUGGAGAAGCGUAAGCAGAGGGAGGAAAGAGAGAAGAAGAAGCAGGAAAACAUUCUCAAGUCUGGGACCAAGGUUCAGAAGAUCACCAAUCCAAAAACGCUCAAAAAGAUUGCCAAAUCUAAGCAGAGGAAGCUCCUCAAGGUUGUUUCUGACGAUGUUCUUAACCGUGGAAACAAGAACAAAUCUAGCUCAUAGAUUCAUUCAAAAUGUAUUCUUCUUUUUGAUAUCAACUGGUUUUCCUUUGCUCGUAUUAAGUUUCUGGAAUAUUCCUUCCUUUUAAUUGAUCCCUUAUAUUGCAGCAUUAUAAUUAAUUAUCUCGUAAA